CACUUUACAGUUUAGGUCGGCUUUACUCUUUUUACCCGUUUGUUUCCUAGUCCCGUAGAGUAGGGCAUGGCAGAUGUCUGCGUCGUAGGAAAGAAGAGUGCGUGAGAGAUAAUGGAGUGUAGUGUUAGAGGGGCCGCCCCGCCCAGCCCAGUCAACGGUUCUUUAAACUCUACACCUCUCAUCUCAACCAUUUGACAAGAAUUCUAAGCGUUUGCCUGGCUUUAGGCAGGCAAGCAGGCAGGCAGGCAAUUGAGCUUGUGUGGUUGCAAAAGACACUGGUUGACUCAUCUCAGUGGUGGAGGGAACAGUCCACAUCUUCUUCUUGGGGAAGAAACUCAGGCAUUUUGGUAUAUGAGAAAGGAGAAAUUUCCUGAGAGUGGGCAUGAAGGGUGAAUCAUUUGGAUUCGGAAUAAGAUAAUCCAUUGGGUAAAAGAAAAGGAAAGUGAACCUGAUGAAUCCAGAAGAUCCAUUGAAGAGCCUUUCAUUAGACUACUUGAAUCUGCUUGUCAAUGGGCAGGCCUUCAGUGAUGUAACUUUCACUGUGGAGGGAAGGCAAGUGCAUGCCCACAAAUGUAUCCUGGCUGCACGGAGUCCCUUCUUCCGGAUGAUCUUCUGCAACAAUGAGGCCAUGAAUGAGCAAGGUGGGCGAGGUGAUAGUUCUUGUUCUCAGGUAAUUCCUGUGGGAGUUGUUGGGUAUGAAGUAUUUAUGAUGGUCUUGCAGUUCUUGUAUAGUGGGCAGGCGUCCAUAGUCCCAGAGAAGCACCAAGGAAGGCUUAACUGCAGCGAGAGAGGAUGCUGGCAUACCCAUUGUACAUCUGCUAUUCACCUUGCCCUAGAUACGCUCUCUGCGGCUCAUUUCUUUGGCGUCGACCAGCUCUCCGUUAUCACACAGAAACAGCUAGCCAGCAUGGUGGAAAAGGCAUCCAUAGAAGAUGUUACCAAGGUGUUGAUGAUAGCGAGGAAGCAAGAUCUGCAGUACCUAUGGAACACAUGCUCUCACCUCUUGGCCAAAUCUGGAUUACGCACUGAGGUCCUAGCAAGGCAUCUCCCAUCGGAUGUGGUGGCCAAAAUUCAGGAAAUAAGGCUCAAAUACUCAAACUAUGGAAGACCCAAUAUUCAUAUAUUGCCUAACAAUGAAGUGGCCACCAGCAGUUCGAUGGAGGAACAGAAUAUACGACGUAUGCAGAGAGCUUUAGACUCCUCAGAUGUGGAACUGGUGAGACUCAUGGUGAUGGGUGAAGGGCUAAACCUAGACAAAGCCCUGGCAUUACAUUAUGCUGUGGCUAACUGUAGCAGAGAAGUGGUGAAGACAUUGCUAGAACUAGGAGCAGCAGAUGUGAACCACCCAAGUCCUGGAGGAAGAACAGCUCUACAUAUUGCCUCAGAAAUGGUAAAUCCAGACAUGGUUGCAGUUCUCCUAGACCACCAUGCCAAUCCCAACGUCCGAACAGACAAUGGUACCACUCCCUUUGAUAUCCUCCAGUCCUUGGCUUCAGAUUUUCUGUCCAGAGCUGCAGGAAGUGGAUCCAUGCCCAUCUCUCACCUGAAGCACAACAAGCUCAGGCUCUGUCUUGAACUCCUCCAAUCUGCCGCCCUUGUCUUGUCCCGAGAAGAAGAAACUUCCAUUUCAAUGCAGCAGGAAACCUCUGGUUCUUCUUCUGUACCUGCGAUGGCUCUUUCUCCCAGAAGCAGAAUGAUGCAGCAGGAACAGGAGCAGGAGCAGGAGCAGGAUCAUUCUGUCCGAGCCUCUAAGACGACCGACAGAAGCAGUCAACUUGUGGGUAUGGAUUCCAGAAUGCUCUUCUUGAAUCUCGGUGACCAGGCAGCCUCCAGGGAUGAUAAUAUGAAUCCAACAAGGAGACUAUAGUAUCUUUUUCACCCAUUUUUUCUAUGAACCCCAAGAUAAUAUGGAUCCAGGGAUGGUACUAUGGACCCAACAAGGAAACUAUAGUAUCUUUUUCAUCCACUUUCUCUAUGAAGCCAAGGAUAUAAAGUAUUAGUACAUCCUUCUGCAUGUUUUUCGUUCCUUUACAAUGGGUUUUUGAAGAAUCUUUGUUUCCCAAGAUUGAAGAGCAUCAGGUGACCAGGAACUCGGAAAGCUUUACAAAAACUUUGAUUUUUCCUAGCUCGACUUUUGUUUUCUGUUUGCAUGAGUCUUUCCUCGUUGAAGUCAGGAAACCAUCACCAGAGAAUCUCAUUUCCUUGUCCAGGAGCUGCAGCAAUCAACCUCAUCAGACAUUUGAGGCUGGAAGAUAAACACAACGUGAUAGCACAAGGAAGAAGACAUAAACGCAGUUGAAAGGAAGAAUGAUAAAAAUUUGGUUUUGUUGCAGAAGAAAGAGGUGAAAUGUAAGACAAGACAAGAAAAACUGGAAGAUUAUGUGGACUCGGCUUUCACACUUCAACAGAUUUAGAAUACAUUUAAAUGGCUACUCAAGAGUUUAGUGAACAUCUGAAUAACGGAUGGAUGGAGGUUCACCAAAGCUUCAGAUUUCAUUUUAGUGUACAAAAGUAAUAUUAACGCUGCUAGAAUUAGUUCAAUAUCGCUGAUAAUUUUGUUGGAUAAUUGCUGUUAGAAUGAUAACGGACUUGAUAAAUUGCUUCAUAAUAUUUAAGUUCUCUAGUUUUUUGUUGACAAGAUGGUUAUCAGAUAGUUUAUGAGAAUGCAUCAAUAUUUUUUAAAAUUUAGUAUC